CAGAGGGGGCAGGGCGACGGAGAGAGGGAAAGAGAGUGUGCCACGGACACUUGAUAACUCCUUCAUAUGAACCAGGACCCUCUAUUGUUGAUCACCUCCAGGAUGAACCACAGACCGCAUCCUAACAGCCGACCUGCGGGUCGCACCGACAGCCCCAGGGCUUGGAGCCGUGAUAACCUGCUGAUGUGCGAUGACUUUGGAGAGGAAAACUGUUGCUCUGGACGAUGCCUCGGCCACAGCAGCUCUGAGAGACAGCUCAUGGCUCCUCUCAGUGCUGUCAAACGACGCCAGGCUCUUCGAGGUCCAACCUACAUGUUCUCUGCUCCCUCAAUCAGUCCAUCAGAGGUUGAGCAGCGUUUCCUGGAGGCAGCUGAAUACGGCAACAUACCAGAGGUGCGGCGCAUGCUGCUCCAUGAACCCAAUUUGAACGUCAACGCUAUGGACUACAUGGGCCAGAAUGCAUUGCAGCUGGCUGUAGCCAACGAACAUCUGGAGGUGACGGAGCUGCUGCUGGGGAGGGCCGAUUUGGCCAGAGUGGGUGACGCCCUCCUGUUAGCCAUCAGUAAAGGUUAUGUUCGUAUCACAGAGGCCCUGUUAUUUCACCCGGCGUUUAGAGAUGCCCAUCGUCUGACAGCGAGCCCUGCUCAAGCAGACAUGUUGGAUGACUUCUACGCUUACGAUGAGGAUGGGACGAGGUUCUCUCAUGACGUUACUCCAGUGAUCCUUGCAGCGCACUGCCAGGAGUACGAGAUAGUUCACACCCUGCUGAGUAAAGGAGCUCACAUCGAUCAUCCUCACGAUUACUUCUGCGGCUGCGACUCCUGUAACUACCAGCAGCAGUUUGACUCCUUCAGCCACUCGCGAUCAAGGAUCAACGCCUACAGAGGACUCGCCAGUCCUGCUUACCUCUCCCUGUCCAAUGAGGACCCGGUGCUGGCAGCUCUGGAGCUCAGCAGCGAACUGGCCAUGCUGGCUAAUAUUGAGAAAGAAUUUAAGAACGACUACUGCUGUCUGUCAAGCCAGUGUAAGGACUAUGUGGUGGGCCUUCUGGAUCUGUGCCGCAGCACGGAGGAGGUGGAGGCUAUACUGAGUGGAGAAACUGACUCUGAAGACAGCUAUGAUCUACCAGGUCGCCCCUCCCUCACACGGCUCAAAUUAGCCAUCAAAUAUGAACUCAAAAAGUUUGUGGCUCAUCCUAACUGCCAGCAGCAGCUGCUGAGUAUCUGGUAUGAGAAUCUGCCCGGUCUGAGACAACAAACCACUGCUAUCAAACUGCUGGUGGUGCUGGCCGUGGCUUUAGGACUGCCUGGAUUGGCUGUGGCUUACUUGAUUGCUCCGUGCAGCAGAGUGGGGAAAGUGAUGCGAAGCCCCUUCAUGAAGUUUGUGGCCCAUGCCUCAUCCUUCACAAUCUUUCUGGGUCUUCUGAUCAUGAAUGCUGCUGAUCGUUUUGCAGGCACCACCCUUCUGCCAAACAUGACCCACCAUCAUCUCCCAGGGGGACUCAAACUGAACUCCGACCCGCUGCUGCUCUACCGCAUGACCACAACACCCUUCACAUGGAUGGAGAUACUCAUCAUUUCAUGGGUCAUGGGUAUGAUCUGGGCUGAGGUGAAGGAGAUCUGGAGUCAAGGCCCGGGGGAGUACCUGGUUGAACCGUGGAACUUCCUGGACUUUGGGAUGCUGGCGAUCUUCCUUGGCUCCUUCGGCUGCCGCUUCUCCAUCCUGAGACACGCUGACUUAGCCCAGACCUAUGUACACACACACUACACGACACUGAUUAAUGUCACACUGCCCCCCGAGAUACACUACUUUACACUGGCACGUAUCUACUGGUUGCCGUCAGAUCCCCAGUUGGUAUCGGAGGGCCUGUACGCGGUGGCCGUGGUGCUGAGCUUCUCUCGGAUCGCUUACAUCCUCCCAGCCAACGAGAGCUUCGGUCCACUGCAGAUCUCUCUAGGGAGGACUGUCAAGGACAUCUUCAAGUUCAUGGUCAUCUUCCUCUUGGUCUUUCUGGCGUUCAUGAUCGGCAUGUUCAACCUGUACUCUUAUUACCUGGGGGCGAAGCAGAAUGAUGCCUUCACCACCCUGGAGGAGAGUUUCAAGACCUUGUUCUGGGCUAUUUUUGGACUGUCUGAGGUCAAGUCUGUCGUGAUCAAUAACGGGCACAAAUUCAUCGAGAACAUUGGUUACGUGCUGUAUGGGGUUUACAACGUUACCAUGGUGAUAGUGCUGCUCAACAUGCUCAUCGCCAUGAUUAACAGCUCCUUCCAGGAGAUUGAGGAUGAUGCUGAUGUUGAGUGGAAGUUUGCUCGGGCCAAACUCUGGUUUUCCUACUUUGAGGAGGGAAGGACGCUCCCUGUGCCCUUUAACCUGGUUCCCAGUCCAAAAUCUAUGCUGGGACUGGCUACAGCCAUCAAGUCCCUGCUCCUGCCGCUCCUGCAGUAUGUGACAGGACACAGUGAGGAGAAAACUGAGACACAGCUCAACCAGCUCGGCGUAGGCAAAAAUUCAGGAUUUGAUGCUUCCACCAGCUCAUCCAGAUAUCAGAAGAUCAUGAAGCGACUGAUAAAGCGUUACAUCAUUAAAGCCCAAGCAGACAAAGAGAGUGACGAGAUCACUGAAGGUGAGCUGAAAGAGAUUAAGCAGGACAUCUCCAGUCUGCGAUAUGAGCUUCUGGAGGAGAAAUCUCAGAACACGGAGACACUGGAGGGACUGCUGCGGAGGCUGGGAGAGAUCAGCACACCUUCAGCCGCCACACCAGUCACCCCGACAGUACAUAAAACUGCACAGUUCAAAGAGUAUUAAAUGCCUGUUCUCCAUCAUUGAUUGUAGAUACAGUACAAAAGUGUUAAAUGUUGAUAUGAUAAAAUAGGAAUGUAUGUAUGUGAAUAUAAAAUUAAAAUGUAGCU